AAUGAACCUGUAGAAUAGGUUAAUAUUGAACGAAUCACUUGUCAGCAGUGGAUGUUUGAACUUUGUUGAACAGGUUUUCGUCGACCAAAACCCACUUAUUAGCGCCUGGAUGGCAGGUGCAAUAAUGCAUCCCGAAAUGGCAGGUGUAGUGUUGUGAACUAAAAAUAUAACCUAGACGCCCAUUUAUGACUUGCCUCGAUUCUUUACCUUUGGCUCCGUAGCAUUUUUCUGCUCAGUUAUCUUAGCCAUGGAAGGUCCUGCUGUCGAGCUUCAAGACAUGUUUUCGGGUGAGAAAGGCAAGACCCCUGUUGCGAUCUCUAUCAGCCAGCAAGCCGGAGAUAUACUAGACGAUUCUAACGCUGAGCUGAUUAACGUGCAGUCCCUUCCCCCCAUUGAUAGAGGUCGCAAAGCGUGGACGUUCUGUUGCUGUGCCUUUCUUCUUGAAGCAAUAGUGUGGGGAUUUGGAUUCAGUUAUGGUAUCUUCCAAGAUUAUUACACCUCUCAUCCUCCUUUCAACAAACAAUCACCUAUUGCUAUAGCGGCAGUUGGGACGACCGCAUUGGCUAUUCAAUAUGGCGAGGGUCUUUUCCUAUCACUUUUCCUGCAACGUUAUCCCGACCUGCUGAAAACGACGAUGUGGUUUGGUCUUGCUUUGAGCUCUAUAUGUCUAUUCCUUUCUAGUUUCGUUAGCCAGAUAUGGGCUCUCAUCUUGCUCCAGGGCGUAGGCUUUGGUAUAGGUGGCGGCAUGCUCUACAUGCCUGUCAUCAAUCUACUAUCGGAAUGGUUCAUCGAAAGACGUGGUCUCGCAGGCGGCAUCAUCUUUGCGGGCUCUGGUGUCGGAGGCUUUGCCUUCCCGCUCAUGGUAAACGCACUCUUGGGUAAAGUGGGUUUCCGAUGGACUUUACGUAUAUGGGCUAUUGGUACAGCUAUCAUCGCCGGACUUGCUCUAUUGGGCAUUCACCAUCGCACUCCAACGCCGAAGUUCCGUCGUGGAGAGAGACGUCCGAGGUUUAUCCCCCCUCAAAUGCAGUUCCUCAAGCAACCUGUAUUUUGGACAUUCUCAACGACGAAUGUGCUGCAAGCCCUCUCUUACUUCCCUGUCUCGCUCUACAUUGCCAUGUUCACCACAUCCAUCUCUUCACCUCUAUCCGCCACGAUCGUGCUUUCACUGUUCAACUCAUCUGGGGUGGUCGGCCAGAUCCUCGUCGGACAUCUGAGCGAUAGGUUUCCCUACCCUUGGAUCAUGUUCGCCAGUGCGCUCGGAAGCGCGAUUUCGGCAUUCCUACUCUGGGGUUUUGCAGACUCCUUGGCGCGAGUAUUUACCUUCGCUAUCAUCUUCGGUGGUUUGAGCGGAGGUUUCUCAUCCGUAUGGCCAGCAGCAGCCUCGGACUUAGCAGGCCGUUUCCCCGAACAAGCCACUAUCACUUUCACUUGCUUCGCAUUCGUGAAAGGUAUCGCUGCCGUCAUCGGGCCCAUUCUUUCCGGUGUGUUACUCGAUGCAGGGAAGUCGUCCUCGUUUGGCGGGAAGUAUGGCAAGUUUGGAUUCGGGAACGUGGAAAUUUUCGUGGGCAGUUGUGCGGUGGCAACAAGUAUUGGGAGCUUGUUUGUUGCUGCUGCAAAGAACAGGGCUUGAUAGCACUACUCAAGGGCCUUGUGGUUUGCUGUUAAAAUAUUGGAUCCUCGUCAUCGGCUUAGAAUUACUUUGACUAGGUCCUAAAAAGGUAGUUCAUGUUGUACAUGCCACGUAUUACCUUUCCUACAUAGAGAGUGCAAUGCUGCAGUAUCUGCUAUAAAUACAAUCCGUAACCGCUUCAUUUCCC